AUGGAGUACUCCGAUGAUGAAGAAGACAGACUAAGCUACCUCCCAGACAACGUUCGCGACCACAUCCUCUACUUCCUCGACACCAAACACUGCGUCCAGACCUCUGUUCUCUCCACCAAGUGGAGAUCCCUCUGGAAACACGUCACACACCUCCAAUUCGACGCCGAUUCCUUCCCGACUUACCCCGAUUUCACGACCUUCCUGAAACAAGCUCUCGACACCUUCGGCGACGGUACCGAUUCCCCCCGCGUCGCGAAGCUCACCUACAAAGACAGAGAGCUCUGGCGGCUGGACCACUUGCGACAGCUCGACCUGGUUAUGCAGUAUGUAGACUCCCGUCGUCACAUUCGGCACAUCUGCGUCCACGGCGGUGGGUCAGAGGAGGAGGAGGAGAUGCUGCGGUUCUCGAGCCUGGUCGCGGCGUUUCUCGACUCCGAUCUGGGUACUCUGGAGCUGGGGCUGGUUCGUUUCCGGAGCGGGAACGAUUGGAGGGGGUUCAGGAUUCUGGAGAAUCUGGUUCUGGAAGGGUGUUCGUUCGAUUGGGAGUGGCACGACGAGGGUUUCGACUUUUUCGACGACAAAUUCCCCUGCCUCAAGAAUUUGGUACUUUCUGGUUGCGAUCUGGUUCGCUCUGGAAGGAGGACGUGGUUCAGGGUAUCGGGACCUCAGCUGGUUAAUUUGGAGAUCAGUGGUACAUUGAACUUGGCAGGUGUUACAGUGGAAAUAGAUGCGCCGAAUCUCGAAUCCUUCAGCUUGGUGUUGCUUUCGAAUGUCCCGAAAUUCUCCCAGGUGAGCCUUCCUUCCCUCGAUCGGGCGUACGUAGGCAGCAGGUUUGCCCCACAUUCUGGUGAGGAGACGAGAACGACGGUGGCUGCAAAUUUGGUCGACCUGUUUCGAGGUCUGCACAAUGUUAGGUCUCUGAGGUUGGACUAUCACAUCACUGAGGUAUGA